GGGACAACAAGGGCCACCACCCUGCUGGUGGAAGAACACUCUCAGCAGUGACUGCAGGACAGAGGACGUGCAGCAACACCUGGCCUACAGGGUGCCCCAAGGAGCAGCCAUGUCCGCCCUGUACCCAUCUCUGGAGGACCUGAAGGUAGACCAGGUAAUUCAGGCCCAGGCCAGAGCCUCGCCCAGGAUGCCUGCCCUGCCUGCCCAGGAGGUGGCCGUCUCCCAGCCCCCAGUUUUGUAUCCCAACCUGGCAGAAUUGGGAAGCUAUAUGGGCCUUUCCCUCUCCAGUCAAGAAGUUCAGCAGAACCUGCCUCAAAUUCCAGAGGGUGACAGUACAGCGGCCUCGGGCCCGUCGCUAGGCAUGGUGGUGGCGCCGGUGUCCGGAGAUAGCCUGGGUGCGCGGCGUGCGGAGAUCAAGUCCGGGGUGCGCGAGAUCCACCUGUGCAAGGACGAGCGGGGCAGAACUGGGUUGCGGUUGCGGGCCAUCGACAAGGGCAUCUUUGUGCAGCUGGUCCAGGCCAACACCCCUGCAUCCCUCGUGGGGCUGCGCUUCGGGGACCAGAUUCUGCAGAUCGAUGGGCGCGACUGUGCCGGCUGGAGCACAGACAAAGCCCACCGGGUGGUGAAGAAGGCGUCAGCGGAGAAGAUCAUCAUGAUCGUUCGGGACAGGCCGUUCCAGCGGACUGUCAUCAUGCACAAGGACAGCACGGGCCAGGUCGGCUUCUUCAUCAAGAAUGGGAAGAUCAUCUCUGUGGUCAAAGGGAGCUCAGCGGCCCACAACGGGCUGCUCACCAACCACUACAUCUGCGAGGUGAACGGGCAGAACGUCAUUGGGCUGAAGGACAAAAAGAUCGGGGAGAUCCUGGCCAUGGCCGGGAAAGUCAUCACCCUGACCAUCAUCCCCACCAUGAUCUACGAGCACAUGGUCAAAAAGUUGUCCCCGAGCCUGCUCCAGCACACCAUGGACCACUCCAUCCCAGAUGUCUGAGGCUACAGAGGGGCAGCUCGGGCCUCUCGCCCUUUCUCAUCCUUCUGCAGGAAAGGGCGGUGUCCUGGGAUGACAGGGUGCAGCUGGCUCACUGCCUGGGGUUGUGUGCCUGGGGGGGCUGCUGCGGGGGGAGGGGAGAGGGGGCAUUCCAGGCAGAGUGGACAUGGAAUGGCAGGGAUUUGUCAUUUACACACACAGGCCUCCUUGGAGCCUCAGAGCUCUUGACUGGGCUACGGCUGGUGCAGGACCUGCAGGCUCAGAGACUCUGUGCUCAUUGAAAUGCUGGGCACACUUAGGGCCAGCCAAACACAUCUUAGAGUUGCAGCUGGGCCCCUUUCUGGCUGUUUGCCUCUACCAGGACAACGGUGACAGGUUUUGAGAGAACAGAAAUACAUUCUUGGUGAGACUAUCUCCUUGUGCCUUUACUUGAUCUUUGUCACACACUGUACGCAGCUAUAACUCUUGACUGUCUUU